AUGGAUAUCAAGACAAUCGUUUUAUUUAUCUCAUUGGCAGCAGUUACAGCAGUACCAAUUGAUUUAGAUCCCAAGAAUAAAACGAAUAUAGAAGUUCUUAUAAGAAAAGGCGUUGUUGGCUUUGUACCUAUUGUUAUCAGACUGGAUGAAGAUUUUUCACUGAAAAAUUCGGAUGAUGGAUCUAUACAUAAAAUAAAAAGGAGAGCUUUCAGAGAAGAACUCAUAAGGGAUGUCUUGGAAGAUUUUGAAAGUCAGAAAAAUGGCGAACUCUCUGGUCUUAAAGGAAGAAUAAAAACUCUUCCUUCUUGGGUUGGCUGA